UUUCAGAUCAAACUUAUUGUGUAAUUAUCUGAUGAUAACCAAACUAACCAACAGUGUUCUGACAUUUUUUGGAGUUUCGUCUGCGAAUAAUAGACCAAACAACAGUCGUUCCCGUAAACGAUCACUUGAUGUAGUUCCAAUACGAUCCCCUCCCGUCAAGAGGCAAAAAAUGAACAUCAACUCUUAUAAAGCUCGAUCGCGUGAAAGAUCUCUGCUAGCUUUGAAGCCUUCUACUUCUGCUAAUGUUUAUAACCAAAAAUCAUCCAGAAGACCCACUUUAGACGACUUCAACUGCUCUCAUAGUCACAAAACCGAUUACGGGCCUACCAGCACGAAGAGGUAUUCCGAUGUUCAAACUCCCGUUUCCGACUAUACAAUGAAUGGGCAUUCUCGUCUAUAUCAAAGGCAUUCAAUGGGUCACAACUUCAAUGACUCAAGCAUGAAUUAUGCACAUGGCUAUGAUAAUGCCAUGGUGAAUAGUACAAGAAUCUCUGGAGGUUAUGCACCCGUAGCUAGCAUCAGUCCAAUUGGAGAUAGUCGGCAGAAUGAUCUAUCGGCCAAACUUCAUAUCUAUUCAACAAAGCUUCCCUCGCCAAAAUCACAGAUACCGAGUUUUAAACCGAAAAAGAUCGACUACGAGUUGAAAAAUUUAUCUCCAUAUCCGAUACUUAUCAUCAAUCACCGUAAGACCCCGGCAGCACAGCCGAGAUCUUUGACAGCAGAUGUGAAUGUCCGAAAUAUAUUGGCGGAGCCCAAAGUCCUCUAUAACUCAGUUUGCGUGAACCAGAAGCAGCCGAGCAAUAGUACACACUUUUAUGAAAGUGACACGGAAGUCCUAUGCCUGGAGCAAGAGGAAAACUCAAGUGUGGUAUCCAUGCCCCGACAACCCGCAGGAUCGUUUCUUUCCAAAGAUAUUCAAGGAAAGUUUAUGGACCCGAACUUUCUGAAAGACGCGAGAGCGGUGAAUGAAUACAAAUCGAUAAUAGAGACACAUCGAUUAAAGCAACCUGUACUUCGCGAAUUUACGGCGCAAUUCCGGAAAACACAAUUCUACAACAUUGGAAGCCAAUUGGAUGUCUUCAACCGGGAACCGCCAAUAGUGAAGAUCCAAAUCCCAGAGAAAGAGGUCAAGGUGUUCCCUGAUUUGACCUCGGAGCAGGAAGAAGAAAUAGACAGGAUUCUUGGACCUGGUCCAGAUGGCGAAGUGCUUGUGAAAGAGUUCAUGAUUUCAAUCACUCGCAAAGACAUCCGAACUUUGAAAGGUCUAACCUGGCUCAAUGAUGAAAUCAUAAACUACUACCUAAACUUGAUCGUAGACCGAGGAAACAAAAGCGAAAAUUUCGCUAGCUGUCAUACAAUGAAUACAUUUUUUUAUCCUAGAUUACUGGAAGGAGGUUACAGCAAGGUGCAACGGUGGACGAAAAGAGUGGAUAUCUUUUCGAAAGACUUUCUCUUGGUUCCGAUUCACUUGCAAGUGCACUGGUGCAUGGCAGUUGUCAGUUUCAAAAAUAAAACUAUUCUCUAUUACGACUCAAUGGGACACCCGAAUAACACAUGUCUCGGCACUUUAGAACAAUACGUCAAAGAUGAAUACAAAAAUAAGAAAAAUCCAGAUGGUAAACUUCCUCAGUUCUCGACCGAUGAUUGGACAGUAUCUAAUGCCACGGGAAUACCGCAACAGGGCAACGCCAGUGAUUGUGGAAUGUUUUCGUUGACAUUCGCAGAACAUGUUGCGGCGGAGAGGGAAUUCAAUUUUACUCAAAAAGAUAUGCCGUAUUUACGGAGAAAAAUGGCAUAUGAGAUCGUGCAUAGAACUAUUCUUACCUGCUAGCGAAUAUGUACGAGAGAUAGUAGUGCAGUUUUCGUUGGUUGAAAUUUAGCUAGUUACAUGUAGCUUCAUGUUUUUAUCUGGGGCGUUUGCAAAACUGUGAAUUGUCGAGCUAGCGGGUAUGUUCUUGCCGAUUAUGGCGCCGCAAAUUGUUUUUUUUUUAUUUUCCGUCUCAGUGAUGUAAUAAUUUAUGGCGCGGAACAAUAUCUAAAAAGCCCCUCAGAUGUUGACUUUUAUGAAAAAUUUAUUUUUAGUUUCUGAAUUUCAGGUUUGUAGAAUGAUAAGUUUUUUUUGCAGUUGUGUUGGUCAUGAACUUUAAACUCUAAAUUAAAUUCCCAAAUUGUGUUUUUAA